CCAGAAGUUUUCUGCUAAUAAUUAUUAUUUGUGUGUAUCGUAUAAAACACGUGUUUAUAAAUAUUUAACUUUACGAAAAUAGAAAUGAAACAUGAUUGCUUUAAAGGAAAAGGUGUUAGUUUUCCUAAUGGUUGCAACAUCUGUAUUUUGCAGAAUACACAAGCUGGACCUUCUGGAUGAUGUUCGUCAUUACAUUGACCUGACCACAUUUGGAUUCUAUCAAGGUGGUGUAUUAGAUGUACAUCUUGUCAAUUUUCACCUUCCACCUGGGCCUGCGACUGGAACAUAUGGAUUUACUUUGGAUCGGACACUCAAUGAUGCAAUCAGCCCCUAUUUGGACAUCCAUUCGGACACAUGCAUCUUACAAGGUGUAGAAAAGAGCAGCACUCUUUUAUCAGCACAUCAUCCGGCUAUAGUUUUCUUGAAAAUGGACUUUGUAAAUCUCAGAAUCAACAUAACAUGUGUCGGUGAAGUCAAUGCUUUACAUCUAUAUCAGAAUCGCUCAAUGAUACCAAUAGACAGGAUCAAGCGACACUCACAGUACAUGUUUGUGAACAGACGUAGAAGAAGUGUAGAUGAUUACGUGAAAACGUACGACAAACUUGGUCCUCAGUGUUCCUACGCGGUCUUACCUAUCACGAAGGAGACUAGAAAUGGCACCGACUACUAUAAUACCAGUUUUGCAAUGUAUGUGGCAUCAAAUGAAGAGGAGGGAUUAUACAACCUGUACUUCCACAAUUGCCCGCCAGAAAACUCGGAGACCGCACAACCCAUCAAUGCAACGAUUUUACUCUACGAGAGUAACGAUGGCAACUUUUUAUCAGCGGGCGAGAUGCCUCUACCGGCGUUAUAUAGUAUGAUGUCUCUGAUAUUCCUACUGAGCGCUGGUUUCUGGACUUUCAUACUGAAGACGAGCAGACACAAAGUGUAUAGAAUACACAUUAUAAUGUGCGUGCUGGUGUACCUCAAGGCGCUGUCUUUGGCCUUCCACGGAAUUAACUACCACUUUAUCCAGACGCGAGGCGAGCAUGUGACUGCGUGGGCUAUAUUGUAUUAUAUAACGCAUUUACUUAAAGGUGCAGUGCUGUUUGUGACAAUAGUGCUGGUCGGUACCGGAUGGAACUUCAUUAAACACAUCCUCGCAGACCGGGAUAAGAAGAUAUUCAUGAUUGUUAUACCCUUACAAGUUGUGGCGAACGUGGCGGAGAUCAUAAUAGCGGAGAGCGAGGAGGGCGCGGUUGAGCACAACGCGUGGCGAAUACUAUUCAUAUUCGUGGAUAUGGUCUGCUGCGGCGCCAUCAUGUUCCCGGUUGUGUGGUCUAUCCACCACCUGGAGGACUCGUCGACUACGGACGGCAAGGCGGCAGUCAACCUGCGCAAACUCAAGCUUUUCCGACACUUCUACAUUAUCAUCGUCUGCUACAUAUACUUUACCAGAUUCGUUAUAAGUAUACUUGAGAACACGGUGCCGUUCCAAUACUCGUGGAUCGACGAGAUGUUCCGGGAGCUCGGCACGUUUGUGUUUUUCGUGAUGACGGGAUACAAGUUCCGGCCCGCCGCCGCCAACCCCUACUUCACGCCGACCCUGCUCGACGAUAUACAACCUAAAGUGUUGUCCGAGAUUGGCGUUUUGGACGGUGUUACCAACCGAGAGAAAAGGAGGGAAGACAUGCAACCACUGAUGCAGGACACUAACUCUGACUAAAUCUAGAUUAUGACCUGUCACUGCAAAAAAUAGGAACUCUAAGGGUCAAUUCAGACCGCAUCGCGACGCGUAGAUGCAUUUCUAAAUUUGUACUGAAUUGACAGAUUUCGUGAGCGUGAGUCUUGCAAAUCUGUCAAAUCCAUACAAAUUUAGAAAUGCAUUUACGCGUCGCGUUGCGGUCUGAAUUGACCCUAAGGCCCACUUUCACCAAUCCGAGAAGUUAACCACGUAUUAAAAUAUUUAUUUCUAAAUACAAAGAAGGAGAGACAAAACAUAAUGUUUAACCCACGAUUAACUUUAACCCAGACUGGCGCAAGUGGGCUUAAAAGGGAAGUAGUGGUUUCACACGUCCUUAUCAUUUUAUACUUACAUGUUUUGUGAUAAUUUAGUUACGUCGUUGACUGAAUAUAUUUGCUUAAAAACACAUUGUGAUUUGUGAUUUGAUUAUGAGUAGGUUACAUUGCUUCUUGGGACCUAUUCUUACAAAUUGAAUGAGGCAGACUCACCAGAGUGUGGCAGAAGACAUUCGAUCCAUGAGAAUAGGGCCCCAGCAUUGCGAUGCGUUGCGUUGAAAAAACGCAUUAUAAUAUGCCACGUUGCGUUGCGGCGACGUCAACAAAAUACAAGCGCCAUUCCACCCACUUCAUUUCUAUCCGUUGUUGUCAAAACGUCGCAUCAAUGUUACAUCAUUAUAACAUAAUAUAUGUGUAAAACGUAUAGUUGGGGAGG